CUAAACCAACCCACCCCCCCUUUCUUGUGCGCUCAUUUCUUCUUCUGGCUCCCUCUCUAAUAUAUAUCUUCUUCUUCACUUUCUUUUUUCCCCUCUCUGUACACAGCUUCAUGUUAAACAAUCGCGCCGCCAAGUAUGGCCAUGGAUGAAUCUAGCCGAGCUUAUGUUGAUGAUCAAUCGAAGUCAUCAUCGUCAUCAUGUCCCCGAGGACACUGGAGACCAGCUGAGGAUGACAAACUCAGACAACUCGUCGAACAAUAUGGUGCGCAAAAUUGGAAUUCAAUCGCCGAGAAACUCCAUGGAAGAUCAGGGAAGAGUUGCAGAUUGAGAUGGUUUAAUCAAUUGGACCCAAGAAUUAACAGGAAACCAUUUAGUGAAGAAGAAGAAGAGAGGCUACUGGCGGCGCAUCAUCGAAUCCAUGGAAACAAAUGGGCUUUAAUAGCCAGAUUAUUCCCCGGUAGAACCGACAACGCUGUCAAGAAUCGUUGGCAUGUUAUUAUGGCUAGGAAGAAAAGAGAGCAAUCCAAGUUAUGUGGAAAAGGAAAUAUUCAUGAUCAAGAUCACGGAAUUAGUACUAAUAUGUACUCCAAUUAUGGUGCCAGUACUCCUACUGAUCAAGCAAGGAAAUUUAGGUGUCAAGAUUUAUUCAAUUAUUCAAGAUUUGGGCUUGAAAAUAGUACUAGAGAUAGGAUUUUCACAGUGUCAUCACCAUCUGAUUCUCCGGCCUCUUCGUGGUCAUUUGCAAAAACAUCAGACGAUAAUUCAUCGUCGGUGUCAAGAGUUGCAGAUAGGUUUUCUUCGGGUUAUGGCUGCGCCUAUUGGACGCCAAGUAGUAGUGCAUUUGGGGUUUCAAAUUGCAGGAGGAUUAAUGUUCCUGGAUAUCCAUUUGGGUACUUCAAUGGCAAUAAGCUUGGUCAUGAAGACUAUGGAAGUAGUGAUGGCAUGAUGAUGAUGAAGAAAAGACUGAUGGAUAAUUCGUCGACAUUAGCGAAUAUGAUGAGAGUGAGUAAUCAGCAAGAGGAAGGAGGAGAGGAGUCUACCAAACAUGAAGAUGUUCCAUUCAUAGAUUUUCUUGGUGUGGGUAUAUCUUCUUGAAUUUCAUCACUUAAUUUAAUUUGUUAUAAGCAUGUAUCACAUUAUAUAUAUCGUUUGUAGCUUCAUUUUUGGUACUUUAUUUUUCUUUAUGGUUUUUUUUUCAUCUUAGUUAUUAGUUAAGAGACUUAUGACAGUUACACUUUAACAGUUGGAAACUGAUCUAGCUGCAGGUACGUAGUUCUAUAUGAAGAGUCCAAUUUUUGUUGUCAUUAUU